CCUCCUUUUGACCCAAACCAGCCCCCCCCUCCUUGCCCUCCCUGGAACAGCCAUGAGGGCAUGUGGAAUGACCAGAGGGACCCAGGGAACUGGAGUGGCGGACCACCCAGAGAAGGAGGCCCUUGGAGCGGUCCAGGUGGGUCAGACCAAGGCCCCCCAUCAUGGAACUCAUAUGACCAGCAGCCGCCAUGGGGCAACCAGCCUGACCAGCCUCCGUGGGGCCAGAGGGAGGCCCCAUUUCCUCCACGCAUACAGAGACCUCCCCAUUUCAGAGGGCCCUUCCCUCCUCACCAGCAGCCACCUCCUUUCAACCAGCCCCCACCACCACCACCACCACACAAUUUUGGACGCUUCCCACCACGCUUUAUGCAGGAUGACUUUCCUCCCAGACACCACUACGACAGGCCGCCGUACACCCCACACCGCUUUGACUAUGCUCAGGGAGAUUAUCCUGGAGACAUGCCAGGUCCUCCCCCCCAUCACCAUCCCAGUCAGAGGCUGCCUCCCCCAGGUAUGGGGGCUGAUCAUCCUCCCUGGGGUGCAGGCCAGCACCCCGAUUUUGGUCCACCCCCACACGGCUUCAAUGGCCAUUCACCUCACAUGCGUCAUCGGCAGCAUCCGGUCCAAGAUGACCCCAGUCUGGUGCCCAAUGUACCCUACUUUGACCUGCCAGCUGGUCUCAUGGCUCCGCUAGUCAAACUCGAGGACUGUGAUUAUAAACCUCUGGACCCUAAAGACAUCCGGCUGCCCCCUCCUAUGCCACCUAGUGAUCGGCUGCUUGCUGCUGUGGAAGCUUUCUACAGUCCUCCAUCCCAUGAUCGGCCUAGGAACAGUGAAGGCUGGGAGCAGAAUGGCCUGUAUGAGUUCUUCAGGGCAAAGAUGAGAGCUAGGAGAAAAAAGGGACAGGAGAAACGCAACAGUGGUCGUGGAGGUAGUCGCUCCAGGAGUCACUCUCGCAGCAGAGGGAGGUCUUCGUCUCGCUCCAGCUCUCGCUCCUCCAAGUCCUCCAGGUCACGGUCGCGGUCAUCUCGCUCCCGCUCUCGGAGCCACUCCCGCUCCUACUCCCGAUCCAGGUCUAGGAGUAGAUCAAGGUCAUCUCGGAGUCGCUCUCGCUCCAGAUCCAGAUCCCGUUCACAUUCACCUGCCAAGAGACGCAGAGGCCCUAAAUCGGAGAGCUCCUCCCCUCCAUCCACAUCGGUGGUCGGGGGCCCUCCCCCUAAACUGUCUGCAGAUACCAGGCUAGGGGAGGAGAACAAGGGCCAUCAACUGCUGAUGAAGAUGGGCUGGAGUGGUUCAGGUGGUUUGGGGGCCAAAGAACAGGGCAUCCAGGACCCCAUCAAAGGUGGAGACAUCAGGGAUAAAUGGGACCAGUAUAAAGGUGUGGGGGUGUCAUUGGAUGACCCUUAUGAGAACUAUCGCAGGAACAAGAGCUACAACUUUGUCGCCCGCAUGAAGGCACGAGAGGAAGUCAAUCGGGAACCUCAGGAGGCCCCUUCAACUGACUGAUGUCAUCAGAUAGCAUCGAACAAUCCCCUCCUCUUCUCAGUCACCACCUCCAUUCAGGAGUCCCAAAUCCCUCCUCUUUCCUCAGAAACACCUGCGACAAUAUGAAAUACCACCACAUUUGACUGCGAAGUGUUUUUGACCUCUGCUCUGUCAAGAGCAUGAAUGAGUUUGUCCAAGCAGAAAGCAUCUGCUUUGCGGAUGGAACAGUCAAAAUUAGUAACAGCACAGAAUUCCACCACGGUUUGCUGGAACUAACUCUCUAAUGACAAAGAUGGAUCACAGCACUCAUUAUUUCACUUCUAAUGUUUUAGAAUUGACGUUUUUUUCAUCAGUCUGUAGAAGUGUCAGUGUGUAGUCUGAUAAUAGGGCUGACUCAGACAGUUAAGAUAGCUGCAGAAUAAUUGGAACAAAUGCUUAAAAAUUGAGAAUAGAAAAGUAGCAAGGCAGUGCUGUUUAAAGUGAAUGGAUGUCUCUUUAAUAAAUGUCAACAGGGUCAAUUAGGUAGUAUGCUAAAUAUUGCAACAAAAAAAAUUUUAACAGGUUUUACACCUUUGUUUUCAUUCAGGAUCUGUUCACCCAAAUCAGAAGAAAAUUGUCAUUUGCUCUAUUUGGUAUCUCUAAUAAAUGCUUUAUGUUCAUUUGCAGAAGAUUUAGAAAUUUAGUUUCCUUAAAAAACCUCAACAGCAGUGUUUUUCUUCCACAUAUGCUACAGGUGGAGUAUUUUCUGCUGAAUAAACAGUUCUAAUGAAAGUGGCGAACUGAGUAAUGUCAGAAAUGUCAUUGGUGGAUAUUUCAAAUCUUGUAUGUCGUUAGGAGUGCGUGGACAUGUUUUGUCAUUUGGGUGAGCUGACCAUUGAGGACAAACUAUACUAAGAAGGAAUGGUGGCUUCUCUGAAGAUUGUUGUUGUUUUUCUGCAGCUAAUUAUUGUGAUACUUUUUCAUGUAAGGACUUGUUAUAUGGACAUAUUGUCAUUCAGUUGUAGUAUAAAAUAAAUCCCACAAAACAAGGUUUUGAAAAUGAAAUCAGCAGUAACCCUAACCCCUUUUUUCUCCAAAACACUGUAGAGACAUUACUGUAAUAAAUAACUCUGACUUAAA